UAGCUUUUGCCGGAAGUUGAUACGCUAACCCGGAAAAAAACUUCAAAGUGCGGCUAGUGUUAGACAACGAGCGUCGUUUUUGUAUGAGAUUAGUAACUAAAACGCAGCAUAGUGGCAUAUUUUUCUGUUUGGGAUUUAUUAUUUGGUAAAAGUGAAAACAAUAAUUUUAUGGUCAGACUUUGUAAUAAACACACUUUUCUUGACGUUCGCGUACCGCUAGGCAGCCGGUUGUUAGCAUUACCAAGCUAAUAAUAAUAAGAUGAGUCUAGCAGUUCACCGAGAGCCCAGGAAGACUGCGGGGAAUCGCAUGUCAAAGCUGCUGGACGCAGAAGAGGAAGACGAGUUCUACAAGACCACUUAUGGAGGAUUUAACGAUGAAUCGGGAGAUGACGAGUACCACGGAGAACAUUCAGACACAGAGGAUGAGGUGGACAGCGAUUUUGACAUAGACGAAGGGGACGAGCCAGACAGCGACCAGGAGGAAGACGCGCCUCGGAGGAAAAGUCGUGUGGUUACUAAAGCAUAUAAAGAACCUGUCAAAGUUGCAAAGCCUAAGCCUAAGCCAAAAAGACCCUCAGAGGAGACGAAGAAAGCGGAGAAAACCAAAGUGGAGCUCAAACGAAGACUUCCUCAAGAAUUUCAAGACCUAUGCGAACCCCGGAAGUCCGUGCGACAGUCCACCAGCGAACACACCCGGAAAACUAAUCUGCGCCUGCAGGAACGCCAGGACGCCCCUCGGCGCAGGAGAGGGGCCCAUCGAGACCGACCUCUGACCCAAGAGGAGCUGCUGGCCGAGGCCAAGAUCACCGCCGAACUCAACAUUCGAUCACUGGAAAACUACGAGCGCCUGGAAGCGGACAAGAAGAAACAAGUACACAAGAAGCGUCGCUUCGAGGGCCCGACCGUCCGUUACCAUUCCGUCCUCAUGCCCCUCGUCUCGCCAUCGCUACCCAAAGAGGAGAACGUCGACGUCGAAGGGUUGGACCAGGAUGUCCCGCAGACCGCUCCGGCGAAUCCCGCCACGCCUUCCCAGCAGCCCGCCGGCGGCCUCUGCUCGCGCACCUAUGUGACAUUCAGCGACGACGAAGCCUUCGAUGCCGCCUUCCCGCGCAGCGCCCAGGCGGCCCCUCAGGUACCCGUGCAGGAAAUCUGCCCCGUCACCCACAAGGCGGCGCUGUACCGUGACCCGGUCACCGACAUCCCUUACGCCAACUCGCGAGCCUUCCGCAUCAUCCGGGAGGCGUACCGUAAAUACGUGGCCGCUCACGGCUUUCCCAACAUGUCGGGAGGGACGACUGGGCACGACUCGGCUACAAGAGGCGCGCGCCACAAGGUGGCGGUCAAGCACGGCGCGGUUGCUACGUAGACGCUGGUACACACUAAUCGGGACUUAGUGGAAUUGCCCCCGUCAUUCUGUAGAUUGAUUUCUAGAACUGCAAAUCCACAUAGAGUGGAUUAAAAAAUGCUUUUGGACUUUUUUUGUGGUUUUCUUUCAAUAAACUGCUCUUUUGUAUUGUGAAAAUAUGACAUUUCUAAAACAAAUAAAA